AUUUACUGUAAAUUACCUAACAAGGUCACUCACCUUCUCAACAACAAACGUUAGCUUGCUGUUCCUCGCCGUUUCAGAACUUGUGUGUCAGAUCUGGUGUAGACACAGGUACGCUAGCUGGAAAGCCAGCGUUAGGUAACUCUGUCUUCCUAACUUUCGCCUAAAGUUGUCUGCUAACGGUUUAUAACAUAGAUUUGACUCACGUUAAGAAGUGAUAAUACUUGGUUAGCUAGUGUGCUUGAUAUUAAAAUACAGUGCUAGACUAUCUGAAAUAGCGUAAAAAGCUAAUAACCUGUCCUGCGUAUGUGGCGACUGGAAAUGCUAGCUGUAGAGCUAAUUUGCUAGUAGUUCAAUUGUUUAUGAACUAUCUAAGGAGGUAGCUAGCUAACAGCUCGGAGGUGUUUUUCCAAGUGGCUAGUGGUUACACCAACGUUUUGGUUUAAGAGUAUGAAUGAGCCACUGAACAAUAUGCUGCAAGGGGAAGAGGUGAUGACAGGCUUACUUACUAGAUGUAGGAAUGGAACAUUGCUCUGUCACUUUACAUAGCAGUGGCAUUAUCACAUCAAUAUUGCUUACCCCAGUGGUAUCCAGCUAGUCAGGACGAUAUUGGGGACACUGUGUGAGAAUUUGGACAGAAAACUCCUAAUGUCUCAAAGUUUCCUGAAAUUUUGUGCAUAGAAACGUCAUAUGGGGAAAGUGUAUUUGAGCCAUUUUGGGAUUUCAGUUACAAAUACCUUUUACCUUUUUAAAGGUCCCUGAACUGAAAUCUGUAAAAUUUUUACUGAUGUAUUGUUUAAAAAAACAAACAAACAAAAAAACAUUUGAAAACCUGUGCCAAAAUUGGCUUGCUUUCCCCCUGGCUAAAAUGCCAGGUUUUCAGUGGCAGGGUUAACUAGGUGUUUGUUACGUAAGGAAAUCCCUUAGUCCAAAUGGUAAAUGGACUGCAUUUAUAUAGCGCUUUUAUCCAAAGCGCUUUACAAUUGAUGCCUCUCAUUCACCCAUUCACACGCACACUCACACUCACACACCAAUGGUGAAAGGCUGCCAUGCAAGUACCAAUCAACUCAUUGGGAGCAGUUAGGGGUUAGGUGUCUUGCUCAGGGACACUUCAACACGCCCAGGGUGGGGGAUCGAACCAGCAACCCUCCAACUGCCAGACAACCGCUCUUACCUCCUGAGCUAUGUUGCCCCUAUGUAGUCCAGUGAAAUCCUUUCUACAUGUAAUAUAUAAUUGGCUGUCUUGCCACUUUUGUAUUAGUAAGGCAUGCUAAGUUGAAAAUGCCUAAGUAUUGCUCCUUCUCUUGAUGCAGAGAAAGCAAUAUGUGCGCUUUUCACAAAAAUGAAGAAACCUACAAGAAAUAGGUUUUAUUUCUGGAGCCCACGGGCACUGCUAUAUUACAAUAACCUGUACAGUUAGUAUUUGCACUGUCCAUUUUCGCCUUGAACCUUUGCAGAACAUGGUGGAUCGGUAAGUAGGCCUUCCUUUAGCUAGCCGGGAAUUAAAUAGCUUUCAAGCUUUAACAUAUGGAAUCAAAGACUCUUCAUUUGACUGUAAUGUCCUGAGUUUGAGACUGCUAUAGAGCAGUUAUUACACAUUGAAUGAUCAUCAGGUUCAACUGUAAGAUGGUAAAGCCUUGUUUAUGUUGGUCUCUUUCGUUUUGUCUGGUUGUGUAAGGUUACUGCUCAAACCAGCUCUAACUUAGCUAGCGAUGAGGAAUGUUUUACAUAUGACGUCUUACGUAUAUGAAUGUUAAUGAACGCAGGGUACACGCCCACCCUAUUCUUGUCUGCUGAACAGGUCACAAUAAUAUAAUGGUGUUAUUACAAUUUAAUGGUAAUAAGUGGGUUGCAAACUUGAAAGAAAUAUUAAGAAGACAAUGAAUUGUCACUUAUGGGGAUUAUAACCACAAUUUGAACUGAGUUUCCUGGACCUUUAACUACUUUUUUUUUUCAUUGGGGAAAAUACAAACCGUCCACAUCCUGAACUUAUGAUCUGAAUCUCUAUGCAACUAAUGAAACUUUGCGGCUCCAAAGCAUUCAACUCAUCCUAUGCAUGAUACAUGCCACUUUGAUUCUUGUCGAUGUCAGUGAAAUCUAUCCAAAAAUAUUUGUAUAUUAUUUUUAGGAGACACCCGCAUAAAUUAUUUUUUUCUGAACAUGUAAAAAAAUUUAACAGGAGCUUAUUGCCUAUUGGGGGUGCCUGAAACUGAAAGAGGAAUUGCCAAAGUAUUAGUGGGAAAAUACAUUAUGUAGGUAGAAGUGUCAUCAGUAAAACUGUUGAAUCAGAAGUAGGGAAAGCACCAUGUUAUGACACAACAUAUAGAGCGCGGCGUAUAAAAUUUUACAGAUUACUCACCAUGUAUAAUGAUAGUAUUCUUGCUGUGGAUUAGGAGGUGCAGUGGAUUGUCCGCAGAGAGGAAGUGAGUCCUCAGAAAUAGCUGAAAUACUAAAAGGCUGUUAGACUUGCUGUACUGCAUUAUAACCUGGAUUUUAUAUGCCAUCUCUUUAUAUUCAAGCAGAUGGUCUGGUGCUGUGCAAUGUACCUGUAACUGCUAUAUGGUAGCAGGAAGAUAUAAAGAACAAUGGCAGUCCCUGCCACAUCCAACCAUGUGUCUCGUCCGUCAUCUCCUGCCCCCACUGUUUCUCUUGUGGAGAUCAUGGAAGACACUCGAUUGGUGCUCGGAGCUUUCCUUCGCCAGUCUCUGGCCGUCCCUCUCGCCCAGCGGCCGGGCCGGAUAGGAGGGGCAUACAAGGACCACAGCAAGUACAGUGCAUUUGAGAAGAAUUUCCCGAGGAAGGCGGAAGAUGGCUGGGAUUCGCUGGACGAACGAAUCAGUGCAGCUGAGGAGAAGAAACACGGAAUCAAAGACCUGAUAAGGAAGCGGAUGCGGCAGCGCUCCGCCGUAUUGAGGCGCUCACAGAAGGACUCUUCUAAGAAGGACGUCCAAGUGCAGAGUGGCUCCCUUGAACGGGACAUUCGAACAGGCCUGGCCAAGCUAGAUGUUUCUGGGAAAACCAAAAGCAUCGAUCGCACACAGCACUUACAAGACAAGCCUGAAUCAGAGCGUCAGUCUCCCACUUCAUCCUCUGAUGAAGGGAGUGGGAAAAAGGAAAGUAAAAAGAAGAAAAAGAAGUCCCCACUUUCCUCCCUCCUCCGCAAAAUAAUACCCCCAAAAAAUGAGGAGACGGCGAAUGCGGAGUCGCAACCCAAGAGGCCGAAUUCCCUGAAAUUCGUCGCAGGGGUGGAGCCUGAGGCUACACCUGCCUCACCGUCUCACCCGCCCCAGUUCUAUAAUGAACUGGCAGAGACCCUGGAUAAGAUAGCUCAGAAGCACACGGCUAAGCUCUCUCCUGUCAGCCCACCUCCCAGCACGAGUGAAACCAGUGAUAAGGAUGCUGUGGUCAGACAGCUGGUCCAUGUUUUGUCACUGCAGGGAGAUGCCAUCAACAACAAGAUCCAGUCGAAUCCGUUUUUGAGAUCGUCUUUGACCCGUCUCUCCUACCCUUCCUUCGCCAAGUUGCUCGAUACCUUUGCCAGUCAGGCGGAAGCCCCCAUGCCCGCCCCGGCCAGUCCCACUUUGACCCGGGUCGCCGUGACGAUGGAGGUGUCGCGGCGUGUCGUCACGGCCACAGGGACGCAGAGGAUGCGGGGGUUUGCAGAGCAGUACAUGACAAAAUUUGCCCCCUGGGUGCAGAGUCAGGGUGGUUGGGAGAACAUUGCCCAGUUAGAAGAUGUUUUUGAGUAUGACUGACAGCUUGAGGCCUGUGGACAAAUACGGAGUACAUCACUACCUCCUUUGAGCAUGCACUGUGAGCUCUGAGCUCUGAAUUGUGACCUGACAUGAAGAAGAAAUGGGGACGGAAAAUCAUGUAGCAUCCUCUCCAGUGUCAUUGUUAUGUGCAGAGGAGAAAGGGUAGACUGUAUAGACUGUGUGCACCAAUGUGCUAUUAUCAAGCAGUAAAAUAGCAGUAAAACCAAAAAGAAUGGAUGUGUGAAACAUGCUAUUUUUUAACUGUCAUUUUAAAAUUACAUUUUUGUUACAAAAACAA